AUGAAUAUCUCAACAAUUAUGAAGGAUAAAGCUUGCUCUCAGGAAGUUAUCAAGCUGGCUAAUAUUGAAGAAUAUCUACUCAGGCAAAAGGCUAAAAUAGAUUGGAUCAGGUUAGGGGACAUUAGUAGUGCUUACUUCUAUUCCAAUCUCAAGGAUAGAUAUAAGCAAGCUCAAAUUAACAACCUGGUUGAUAAAGAUGGCAAGAAUCUUGUGGAUCAUGACCAAAUUGAGAAAGAGGUGAUCAAUUUCUAUCAAGGGUUAGUGGGGUCUGCUGCUACUAGCAUGAAGAAGAUUGAUAUCGAGGUGCUUAGAAAUGGUAAUCAGGUGAAGGUUGACCAAUGUCAUCAAUUGAUGGCUCCUGCUUUUGAAAAAGAGGUUCACCAAACCGGAUGA